GCGUUUCCGGUUUGGGGUUCAAGUUUUGGGCCGACGAAGGAAUGACGAGGGUUGGAUUUUGGCGACUAACGGCCCAGAGGACGCACAAAACAUACUUAUUUUCCUCGCAAAAACAUCCUGAAACAAAGGUGAUGGCUUUCUUCGCCAUCAACGCCGCAGACACUGAAACUGAGGGGAUUUAGAGGAUGACAGCCAUGCCUCCUCAUCCAUCACUAUCCAUCUCCAUGACAGUUGCGAUAGCGGCUUCGGACUGAGACAGAAAGGACUCGCUGAGGCCCUCGCCCAAGGCCUGUAUCAGUCACCACAGACGCACCCUGCCGACAGGGCCCCCUGUUUAAAAGUCCCAGGAUCUGGCACUAAAAAGGGAAAAUGCAGAAUAUAACGGCAGGAGCACCAGAAGGGGUAGAUCUGAAAUGCGGCAUGUCUGGAAGCCAUGAUUUCAUCUUCACCCUGGUGCCCAUCGUCUACAGCUGUAACUUUGUCAUUGGCAUUGUUGGAAACAGUAUGGUGGUGGCUGUCAUCUACUGCUAUAUGAAGCUCAAGACAGUUGCCAACAUAUUUGUCCUCAAUCUUGCUAUUUCUGACCUUACCUUCCUCAUCACUCUGCCCAUGUGGGCCACUUCCACCGCCACAGGCUAUCACUGGCCCUUUGGAGCGUUCCUGUGCAAGGCCAGUGCAGGGCUGGUGAUUUUUAACCUCUACACCAGCAUCUUCUUCCUCACAGCGCUCAGCAUUGACCGUUAUCUUGCCAUCGUCCACCCAAUGCGCUCGCGCAGGUUCCGCACUGUGGUGUACGCACGCAUCACCUGUGUAGUGAUCUGGCUCUUUGCCUUUGUGCUCAGUGUGCCCACUGGGAUGACGAGGGACCUCCACAACAUCACAAACUACACUAUAGUGUGUGGCAUUCUGCACCCGACCGAAGAGAACUCUGUGAGGUUGAAAGAGCUCCGGCUGGCCAUGAGCCUGAUGAAAAGCCUGCUGGGCUUCCUGGUGCCCUUCAUCAUCAUCAUCACCUGCUACUGCCUCAUCGGACGGGCGCUGCUGGGGGCGAGACGCAUCCAGAAAAGCUCUCGUUCUCGGGAUGACGAGGUGCUACGCAUGCUCGCAGCAGCUGUCCUGGCCUUCUUCCUGUGCUGGGUGCCCCAUCAGGUGUUCCACUUGAUGCAGAUGCUCACCCAGCUGACACUGGCGGAGAACUGCGCCCUCCUGGAAAUCAUUGACACCGCCAUGCCCUUCACCAUCUGCAUCGCCUACUUCAACAGCUGCGUUAACCCAAUUGUGUACGGCUUUGUCGGGAACAAUUUUCGCAAGAACUUACUGCGUCUGCUACACUGCUCGCCAAGUGGACCCACAGGGCCUCACCCGAGCAUCAGCUCCAAGAUGAGCGCCCUCUCUUUUCGUGCCUCUGAGGCACUGAGCCUCACAGCCAAAAGCAAAGCCUCUUCUGACGUUAAGUGAUGGAAAAAAAGGGAGAGGGUAUAAGUUCGCUCUCCCCGAUCUUUUGGUCUGUGGUUGAGGGGCCAGGGAUGGAGACAUUCCAUGCUUUUAAAACCCCAACUGUAUUACCAAGCACUGAACCAUACAGACUGGUUGAAACAUUGUGUUCAUGUCCCUCUGUGGGUCCAAGAGACAUUCCCUAUCUUGUACAAUGCCUAUCUGCAGGAUAAUUCAUCAUAAAGCAUCACAUGUUACACAGCGUUCAUUCAUAAUGCAGGCACAUGUCCCCCACUCACAUUGGUGAAGUAAAAAAAAGUUGUUGUUUUUUUUUUUAAGUUUUUAAAAAAUCACAUAAUUAAUUAUAGCAAUGAUAGAAAAUACUAUACAUAACUAAAGAUCACUUAUCCCAUUAUUUAUAUGAGAUGUCCAUGUACUGCAGGAUUCUGUGUCCGUCCUGCCUUGGGGACACAGUGCAGUGAUAUAUUGUCCAGUGAUAACUAUUCUGUAUGCUCAGCAGGUCUUUCACCAGUUGGAACAGUGAUCAAGUGCUCAGCAGCGAUGCCAAAGUAAAAAAAAAAAAAUAAGCCACCCAUGCAUGCUGUGUCAGAAGUUUCAGUUCAUCUGUUAGUUAGAAUGAUCAAAAAUAUCACACCAUUGCAGCAAAGGUUCAGUGCAAAUAUUUUAAAUGUAAUGCAGCUGGAGCAAAGGAAAGUUUAAACCUAUUAUCAAUUAACCAAAGACCAUGUUUACCAGUUAUUUUGCUGGCUACUUUAACCAUGUUGGAAAGAUGCUUUUUGUUUUGCAUUGAAAGGUUCCCAUACCAAGAUAUCAGACAAAAGGUGGACUCAAUAAAAUAUUUGUAAAAUAAAACCAUCAGUGUCUUGUCCACACAAAAGUAUCUGCAGAUCCCAGAUGUGUUGAGGUCGUGUUAUUUUAAAUCCCUGGUCCCAGGUACUUGUAGCAUUCAACAAGCUCCACAAGUGAACCCAAAAUAAUGUCUGGAAAGGUUGAGUGGGAGAGUUUCCUAAUGUCUUUGGUUUUGUGGAAAUUUAACUUAAGGAAGUGGUCGUUUACCACUCUACAAAGUCUUUCAUAACUGGCCUGUGAUCGACUAGGACGCAGCCCGGGGGUGAAGCUGUAGACCACAUCUGCUUCUGGAGUAAAGCACCAUUAGCCCUAACUGUCUUGGCCUACAUGCAGAAGAGUUUAAUACCCAUUAGACCAGAUCUGUAUCAAGAUUAAAAGGGAACAGAAGCACAGCAGCUCAAUGUCCAUAGUGCACACAGUCUUUCUGACACAGCUCCCCCUUGGGACUGUGAUGUCAGCAUCCCUGACGUCAGCACACAAAAACCGCUGAGGGUCUGUCGGUAUGCUGGAGUCAGUUCGGUCUCGGUCAAAGCCAUGACGUUAGCUUGGAUGUUGCUGAUUUAUUUCAGAUGGUCUGGGCAUUGCUUAGUGGUGUGGAUUAGGACACUUAAGCCUCUGUCUGACAUCUCCCCGUCUUCCCAGUUUCCAGACUUCACAUUAUUUAUGUCAUAUAUUGAAGUAGGGGAGACUGGGAGCGAUUGUAAUAUAAGGACAAGAAUUACCCCUUUGGUGGGAGAAAGUGUAGCAAAAAUACAAAUAAGUCAUAUUUACCCAGUGUUUCCCUAUAAAGCCAAACUGAUAAUGAAAGGAACUUCUCAAUUUUAAUGAACCCUUUUAAAUGUUAUUUUACAUUUACAUUUAGUAAAAUGCUUUCAUUUUGUAACAGAAAAGUUUGUCAACAUAGACACUUGUGGCACAUGUGGCACUGUCCCUGAUCCUGCAGCCUUGGUAAAACAUGCAAGCUUGCAACACCUACAUCAGUUGAUCAUGUUCAUUUAUAACCAAUAAAAAACUGAUGUAAGUUUCAAUGCACUCAUGUAAAGAUUUAACAGCAGUAGAGAAGUGCUGUACCUCCAAAAUGUAACUUUCAUACCUCAAAGUCAGCUGAUCAAAUGAUCCUGCUUCAUUUCCACAGAGAGAGAAUCCAACUGAGCAUGUGCAGAGUAAGUGUCAUCACUCUGCUUUGUUUUGUGAUUUGAGUAAUCGAGUGUUUUACAAUUUCUUCCAGUCCCCCAUACUCA